CAACAUCGCUGCAUUUCCAAUGGCGUAAAAAUCAUGCUCCCAAGUGUGGAUCUCAUGCACAGUAGAAUCGACAUUAAGGUCAUCAUCAGCCAACACAUGGACAAUGCUUCUGUAGGCUUGUGCUUGGUCAAUAAUGCUACUCUUCUCGUAAUUUUCUUUGAGUAUUUUAACUGGUGGCUUUGUUAGCAAUGGUGAUAGCUUUCUGGCUUGUAUUUUGUAUGGAAGAUUUAGAAUAAGAAAACAUGAAAAUAGUAUAUAAC